AUGCCAUCCACCAACAUUCUCGCUCGAGCGCUUUCGUCCUUGAGCUUGAGAAAAUCCCCGAGCGCUGAUCCUUUACCCAAGAAGAUUGGAAGUCGACAUCGUCGAGACACUCCUCAGCAAAGUUUACGACAAGUCUCGAGUCGGACGAAUCCUUCGGGAAUCUUUCACUCCACUCCAGACCUCUCUCCAGAAGGUUCAAUAACAUCCCAGCGCAUUGGCGGCAGCUCCGAUCAUUCACUCCAAUCACCUCAUCCAAGGGAACGAUACACAACCCAACAGAACAUGGACUGCUAUCUUUACAGAGAUUGGAGGCGGGAAGGCAAUCCACACAACUUGAACUCAAUCACACUCUCUUCUCCCAAUCAGAAUCCCUCGGAACAGAGACGGAACGAUAGAGAACCCAUUCCGCCAGAAGAGAGGAAUUUCUACUGUACAAAUACACAGCCUGUGGAAUUUGCUUUCGGAACCGGGGAGAAGGAAUGCGAUGAUUCACAUGAUGAACUUACAGAAGCGCAUAUGCGGAGCAGAUGGAAAGGUGAUUACGUGCAUCGGAAUCAGAGGGUAGAGGAGUGGUGGGUGGAAGUCCCUGAUGAGGUAGAGGCAGUCGAGAUAGAGGGCGCCGAUUGGAGGAGGGAAAGGGGUAAGAUUGGGAAGGGUUUGGGCAAAGCCAGAGCAAAGUUUGUAGGUGUUGGCAGGGGAUUGGGGAGGAAGUGUAAAGGAGCACUUGAGGGCAAUGCUCUUGUAUGA